AUGUCCAACUUCCACCACUCCGCCCAGGACACCCGCGUCGACGACGGCCACAUCCUCCGCGCCCGUCUCCAGAACGGCAACGGCGACUUCGUCGACGCCGAGUGCAACCUCAACGACUGCCUCGGCAACGACAACGGCCGUUUCGACUGGGGUGGCCGCGGCUUCGCUGAUUCCGCCGAGAGCAUCCGCUUCGAGUUCGAGGGCGACCAGCCCAUCCUCCGCGCCCGCCUCUUCAACGUUGAGGGCCAGGCCAUCGACGCCGACGUGAACCUGUGCGAGCGCCUGUCCAACAACGACGGCAACUUCCACUUUGAGUGUACGUCUUCCACACACUACCCUCAUUCUCUCUUUGAGAAAAUACGCAUCUAA